GCCAUCAUCAACUUCACUCCUUCUUCCCCCCCCCCUCUUCCUCCUCAUUUCUUUAUAAAUGUCGUUCCACUCAUUCUCAAUGAGUCGCCCUUUCUACUUUGCUUCAUUGUGAUAUCCUGGAUAUAACCCUCGAGGCGGAGAAAAGAAAAAAUUUCACCCACCGAUUUUACUAGAGAUGCAUCGGAUCUGAUCUCAUCCCAUUUUCCGACCGCCUCGUCAUUGUCACGUCCCAAGUCAAUCCCUUCCGAUUCUCCCUACUACCAUCUGAUCGACCCGGCUCGAUACCAGUAGGCCAGGAUAUCUGGCCGUGUAUUUAUCCUACCGCGAAGACUUUCUCCUCGGUCACCACCGGCAAUCGGUCGUGAACGCCCUCUUCUCCGCGUCCUGGGACCCCGUUCGUGUGACGGACGAGACUGAUCCGUACACAAUGUCCACACCAUCCACAGCUACUGCAACCCAUCCCUCUCAUCAGCGCUACGGAUACCCCCAUUCUUCAUACCAGGCGACGACCUCUUACCCAACCCCGACGACCGCCGCAGGGGCUCGCUUGACAAAUCCCUACACCUACUCCGUCCCCUCGCCAACCACCGCUCCGACUACCACCCUUCCCUACAACCCAUCUACUCGAGUCGCGCCGGCGACAACGACCCCGUCGGGCAUGGCUUCCCAUCAAAGUGGCUCCAGCGCGGCCCCUUCGCAAAGCGGUCGGAAGAAGAAGCCUGAUUGGGGCGAAUUCUAUAAGAAUGGUAUCCCCAAAGAAGUCAUUGUGAUAGAUGACAGUCCAGGCCCUGAGGCCUCCAAACCCUCUAAACCCGCGCCAGCUCCGGGUCACGGCGCGUCGGCCGGCCAACCAGCUGUACCCCAGCCUGCGGGCAAGCGGCGACGCACUGGAAUCGAGACUGCCUAUGAUUUGGGCUACUAUGACCGACCUUCAUUUUCCAUCAAUCCACAGCAGUAUGGGGAGGAUUCGUCGAACUCGCUCUCAACCGACCGAACUACCUCUUUGCACACGACAGCCCCGACGUCACUGGGCUCUCAGGGCAGCACAGGCGCCAGCAACGGUAUCUACUAUGAAGAUGCUUCAGCUGGUCAAAAGCGUAAGCGGACCACUCGGAAGUCAACCCGCGACGAGCAAAAACGACGCGAACUUGAGACUGUGGGCGACGCGUUUCUCGAAUAUGUUCCACCACCGCACCCGGUCAUCAAAGCCAAAGAUGUGCCUGUGCCUGUCAUUCGUGAUUACACGAGUGCACGACAUGAAAAGUUCGACGACGACGAUGGUCACUACAUUGUGACUCCCGAUACACCGUUGACCGAUCGAUACUCCGUUAUCAAACUUCUAGGCCAGGGCACAUUCGGAAAAGUGGUGGAGGCUUAUGACAAGACGCGAAAGGCCCGCUGUGCAAUCAAGAUCAUCCGCUCCAUCCAAAAGUACAGGGACGCUUCCCGUAUCGAGUUGCGAGUGCUGUCAACUCUAGCCUCGAACGACAAAAGCAAUCGCAACAAAUGUAUUCACCUGCGAGACUGCUUUGAUUUCCGGAACCAUAUCUGCAUCGUCACCGACUUGCUGGGCCAGAGUGUAUUUGAUUUUCUGAAAGGCAACGGCUUCGUUCCGUUCCCCAGCAGUCAGAUUCAGAGCUUUGCGCGCCAGUUAUUUACAAGCGUGGCCUUCCUUCACGACCUCAACCUCAUUCACACCGAUUUGAAACCCGAAAACAUUCUCCUUGUCAGCAACGCCUACCAAACUUUUACAUACAACCGCUCCAUCCCCUCAUCCUCCCACGCGAACCCUCGAAAUGCCCGCCAGCGGCGGGUACUUCUUGACAGCGAGAUCCGGCUAAUCGAUUUUGGCUCUGCCACUUUCGACGAUGAAUACCAUUCUUCGGUUGUUUCCACACGACACUACAGGGCACCUGAAAUCAUUCUAAACCUAGGGUGGAGUUUCUCUUGUGAUAUAUGGAGUAUUGGAUGCAUCCUAGUCGAGUUUUUCACCGGAGAUGCCCUGUUUCAGACUCAUGACAACCUUGAACACCUGGCCAUGAUGGAGGCAGUCAUCGGACACAAGAUCGAUCCGCGAUUGAUCCGGCAAGUUAUGGCCGGACGUGGGGGCAACCACAACUCAGCCGCCAAAUAUUUCGUCCGCAACAAAUUGGACUAUCCGAAUACAGAAACAACCCGGGCAUCCCGGAAGUAUGUUCGUGCAAUGAAAGAACUAACUGAUUUCAUUCCUACCAGUACCCCUUUCAACCGACAAUUCCUAGACCUGUUACGCCUAAUAUUUGUCUACGACCCCAAGCAACGCAUCACUGCCAAGGAUGCAUUGAAGCACCCAUGGUUCAAAGAGAGCAUCAUCGAUGAUGGCACAGAAGCCUAUAGGAUCGGCAUGGGCCUGCAUCGCCCCAGCGCUCGCUAGCCCUAUAUCUUCUUGUGAAUCUUUUGCGCCUCAUCAGGCUUUCGCGACACGUAUCUUUAGGGGAUCCACCGGCGUCUCUUGGGUCCAUUAUGGAUAGAUGGUUCAUAUGUUCUGGGUAAUUCUUAUUACGGAUGGAAAUGGGAUGGUGUUUUCACAUUAGGAAAAUGAUGCUCAUGAUGUGUUUCUUUUACUGCUGUCUUUUUCUCCUCUUCUCUCUCUCU